AUGACAAGACCUGCUAGGACCUCUUUCCAACAGGAAUACAACGACGAUAUGACUACCAAUUGUCAACUUCAUUCUACGUGCGAUGAGAGUUGCUCACAAAGUUCCGACACGGGUGUGGUUGUGCAAUCCAGUAUUUCACAACGUCCAUCCUGCUUGAAACCUUCUUCAUCGUCGUCAAGGUCUGCCCAAGCACACCCGUCUAUUCCCCGACCGCUUCUUGCACAGUACUUCAACAACAAAGGCGUCAAAGCGCUAAAUUAUGGAGACUAUCGCAAAGCCACAAAUCUAUUUGUUCAGGCGAUAAAGACAUUCAAUGAUGAUGGCAUGGAUAACCACUGCUCUUGUCAACAUUGUACAGUUUCCUCAUCUGUUCGCUACAGUCUGGAACAGGAUUCCAAACCAAAGAUCUACGACACGAGUAAAGACCACUACGUGCAUAGACGAGGAAUUGAAGUUCAUCCAGGGGCAAUGGGCCACAAGAUGGGUGACGCUCUGCUACAAAUUACAACUUUGAAUUUGGCCAUUGCCAAGCACUUGAUUUGUUUGGAAUGCCCAUUGUCGGACCAUAGAGCGCAAGCCAAACGAUACCAAAAGGCUGCAUCCUUGUACGAAAUGGCCUUCAAAUGGCAUGUGGGAGACGGCAACACCGAUCAGAAUACAGUCAAUAUUUCUGUGUUUCUGAUCAUUGUCAAUAACCUUUCUCAAAUUCAUCGAAAAGCUAAUAAUCAAGCCAAGCUAUUCAUGUGCAGACGUCAUUUGCAAAGUGCUCUAAUGACUCUAUUGACAACUCAAGAGACCGAGAUGUAUCAGGUAUUGCACUUGGACGGCUUCGUCUGUACAGCAUUUGUGAAAACGUCUUGUGCAUCAGCAGCAUGA